AUGCACAACAAGAAGCAGCAGGUUCUGGGGGGCGGCUCCUCGUCUACCUCGUCGUGUAAAAAUCAUCGGAGAAAUAACUCCGUCGACUCGGAGUCCUCCCGGAUGAGCUGCGGGAGCACAAAUUCGCGGUAUUCGGACCCGACGACGACGACCGCGGCGGUCGACGGCGCAAGCGCGGACUUUUUCUCCACCACGGUGGAGCAGGAGUGGCGCCGGUCCCGCAGGUUAUCCAAGGGCACUUCGCUCGGGAGCGUGCCGGAGGAGCACGAGCACACGCUGGACCACGGCGGAGCGGUGGUUAUUUGCGGAGAGCAUAUGCAUGCUUCCUCCAAAGCCGCAACUCGGGCCUCGCGAUUCUCGGCGAUGCCGAGAAUCCAAAGUGGCGAGGCGCUGUGGACACUGGACGAUGACGGGAACGGUAGUUGUGCGGUGCUGCCACCACCUCCUGUUAUGCCGCCAGCAGGAAAUACCCCGGUUCAACGUCCAGAUGUUGAGCAGAUCGCUGUGAUCUCGCAUUCGCCUUCAAAAACACGAAAGCUUGAUGUGCAGCCCCAGCUCGGUAGAAGCGCGGACCGCAGGACCUCGGAAAUUAUUGCCUCGGAGAUCGAAGACGAGGAGAACAACUCUGCAUCUCGCGCCUCCACGACUUGGCAUAAUGGACCGAGUUGUAGAAUUUUUGAGCCAAAAAGUCAACAGCACAUUGUCUUCCAAGCGCGAAAGGUCGCGAUUCCGCGGAAGAAGGCGAGCCAAGCCGCCCUGGCGCGCAUAAAUAGGUCUUGCUCGACGGAGGACGACGCCACGCCCACGAGCGGCACGAGCAAGUUCGCGCACAGCGGGAAUGAUGCCGUGUCUACUUCUGCUACGGGAGGCGGUGCGGGCUCGCAGAUGAUUGAGAUGGGCACAUUUGACGCGGGAGCGCCGGAGCGAACGACAUCAUCAAGCAGCACCUCGGGAGAAGUAGCGUUUGUAAGCACGCUGGGUGGAGGACCUGGACCACCACCGCAUGAGCAUUGUGUAGUCGAGGGCUGUAAAAAUGCCUCUCGUCUUCGCGAACCCGCAAAGUCGCCAUCUCCCGAAUUGACACGCAUCAGUUCCAGGAGCGACGUGGUUGCCCGUGACAACAUGAUGUCCGAACUAGACGGCGUCGCUGAGGCUGGUGUCACUGGUGAAAAUGGACUGGACAACCACAUGAAGAAAGUAUCAGAAGAAAAUAGCAAAUUCGGCGCCUCGGGUGAACAACCUCUAGUACUGACUGCGCAGCAGGGUGGACGUGAAGAGGGUGACGACAGCUCGACUGUGCGAUCUUUAUCGCAGCAGCCCGACACCAGUCCGGUUCUUCCGCUACCAAAUUUCCUGCAGGAUGCCGCUAAUAUCACCCGCGGCCGGUCGAGUCCGUGGCCGGAAAGCGGCGGCAAAAAUCUGACCCAAGGUACAACAACGACCAGUUCGAUGCACAGCCAGACGAAAAGUACCACUGCGCAAUCGACGGCAAAGCGUUUUUCGAACACGGGCAUCCGUGUGAGCACGCUGUUGGACGGCAGUGUGACGCGGGCCCGGCCGGUGGAAGUGGCGGGCGGCGCGGCGGCCUCGAGCUACAACUGGGUCGGC